AUGGAGUCGACGGCGGAUGAGAUUGGGUAUGAUGAUCCGCUUGCGCUCAAGAUGGGCCAGAUACUCGCACGCCGGGCCGCCGCUGCCACACGUGCCAUCAGCGGGUCGUCCCGACGGUCAAGCCGACACUCGAGCGUUGCCAGCGGUCGACGAUCGGUUGAUUCCAACGGCCGACGAUCGUCUAUUCUCGACGUCGUGGGCGAGGGGUCCAAACCUGUCGAGUCCAAACGCGAUUCUGCACUCUUGCUUCCUCCACCCGUCGUUGUCGACGACCGAUCCCCUCAAGAAGGCUCCAGCCGUUUUGGCCGCGUGCCCCGAAGAGUAAAGGGCUUGCAGCAGCAGAGGCAGUCUCCGCCCGGCGCUCACGACUUGUUGAACACGUUUACGUUUCCCUCUGUUCCUCGCCCUUUGUCCCCGCCUACACGUGAGCCCGAGUCGGAAUCGUUGCCCCAGCCAUCGUCGUCGCAUUUCGCCCAGCCAUCGUCGCACUUUGGGUCCCAGCCUCCCUCGCACUUUGGGACAAGCGCAAGCACAAACGCAAACAUGCCCUCGUACCAACUCCACAUCCAAACCCGUGUCCCGCUCACCGUCCAGACCAACCUCGAUCCGUACUCUGACCAGGACCCCGCGCCCGUCUCGCCCGUCAUGUUCCACGAAGACGCACGGAGCGUGUCCUUUGUCAUGCACGGUAGCCCUACGAGCGGUGUCUACGUGAGUCCGGUCGAGAGCAUGAGUCCGACCAGUUUGCGCUUUUCGAUGAUCGAGAGGAGUUUUGAGGCUUUGGCCGCUGGAGAGAGGGAGAACUUCGCCUCGAACAUCACGAAUUCAAACGUCCCCGACGACAACGCGAGUUCAGAAUCCAAGGGUGCAGGCAUCCCCUACGACUGUACGAGUUCAAACGUCCCCCACGAUGAUGCGUGCUACGGUCCAUUCGUCUCCUACGAUGAUGAGAGUACAGGCUUCCCCCGCUGCGACGAGGAAUCAAACGACUACGACGAGGUUUCAGCAGUCUCCUUCCGCUUCUCGCUUCAGAGCUCCCUCUACCACUGUACUCCAGAACUCCCCCUCGACAUCGCGUAUCACAGCUCGCCCUAUCAAAAUUCACCCACCGGCGGUCGGUUCCCACAACACAGCAGCAGCAACAGUCGACUCCUACAUCAUCCCGCAUCCCAGUCGCCGUCAGACCUCAUCCUCGGACAACAGGUACAUUCAUCCCCUGCGACAUCCUACAGCCAACCUUCCCCAAACACGCCGUUCCAAUCCAGCAUUCCCAUCGCUGCCCGCCGGCCGGAACGCCCGUGCGAAAACCCACCCUCUUCGAACAAGCGCCACACCCAUCCAGCGUCCGCCUUCAAUGCGCACCUGGACUUGUUGAGGGGUUUAAGCCCGCUUCCUUCGCACGGUCUGCCAUUGCCCGCGCCGAUGCGAAAUCCCUAA